UUAACGUUUGUUUCGUUUUUAGCCUCACCCAUUUUUACCAAUAAAAUAGGCCCUUGGAUCUUCGACUUAACCCUUUGUUUUUGUUUGCCCUUUUCCGUCCGCCUGUCGAGCUCUAGAUCUGCACUAGGGGACACAAGGGAUCUGAGAUCUUCUGCAUUUUCAGAGAGCAAGUGGAGAACAUGGGUGUAGAAAUUUUGGCAACCCAAGUGCCUGCAGAGGAGGGAAAGGAAGUAGAGAAUACUCUUUCUCAUGAAACUGAGGGUGGAAAGCCUGUUCAGAGUUCUGAAGCUGAACCCGCAAUGAAGUUUGAUGUGCUGGAUGGUUCUCAUGGUGCAAAUGGCUCCAUUAAAGGUGGAGCCGAAGGAGUUGGAGACAUCAGUUUUCCAAAGGAUGCAUCAGAUGAGUGGCCUGAAACAAAGGUCCAUACCUUUUAUUUCAUCAGAUUUCGAAGCUAUGAAGAUCCCAAGUUAAAAAUAAAAAUUGAACAGGCGGACAAAGAACUCCAAAAAAAAAAUCAAGAUCGCUAUCAGAUAACCGAAGCCUUGAAAGCUAAAAGGGCAGAACGAGUGCAAGUGAUCGAAAAGCUGAAGCCUUUAACUUCCCAACAAAAGGAAUACAGAAAGGCACUAGAUGAGAAGAAGAAGGAGCUGGAACCCCUCCGAGCAGCCUUGGGGAAGCUUCGUAAUGCAAACAACCCUAAUAGGGAAAGGGGUAUGGGGUUAUGCUCAUCAGAGAGAGAGCUAAAUGAGCGUAUUCAGAGUUUGCAAUACUGCAUACAACAUGAAAGCAACACUUUGGUGGAGGAGAAACAAAUGCUCAGAGAUAUAAAACAACUUGAGGGGACCCGGGAGAAAGUCAUUGCUCAUGAAGCCAUGCAAACAAAAAUCCAGGAGUCCUUAGGCCCAGAAGAUGAAAUUCAAGACCAUGUCAAACUUCUAGGUGGUGAUUUGGAUGGGGUGAGAAAGGAGCAGCAGGCAAUCUGGUCAAAAAUAAAACUUCUUGAAGAAGAUCUGAAGUCCAUCGAGAAUGAGAUAGGUUCCUUGCAGGAGGAGCUGGCACUAAUGAGCCAAAAGAGGGAUAAAGCAUAUGAGAGCCUUGUUGAGCUGAGAAAAGGGCGUGAAAAUGGGAAUGCUCCAUUCUAUCAAUAUCGUUCUCUCAUUACCAUGGUUAAGGAUCUGGCUGCAAAGAAGGACAUAUCUGCACUAGAGGAGCUCUCCCACAGAGAGACCGAGAAAUUUAUGGCUCUGUGGAGCAGUAGCAAAGCUGUUAGAGAUGACUAUGAGAAGAGGAUCUUGCCUUCUCUUGAUAACCGACAAAUGAGUAGAGAUGGUCGGAUGAGGAACCCUGAUGAAAAGCCUUUGAUAGCUCCUGAAGAACCUGCUCCUACCGAGUCAAUUGCUGUAUCUGUGAAGCCAAAUGCAAAGAAACCGAAAGAAGUAAAUCCUCCUGUACAAGAGCCCACCAUUGCUUCCAAAGCUCAAAUCGAUGAUAGUAAGAGAGUGGCCGAGGUCGAGUCAAAAGCAAAGGAGAUCAGCCCACAUGAGGUUGAGGACUUCUACGUUCCCGAAAGUCACAAGGAGUUUUCAGCCAAUGUUUCUAUCGACCCUGCAAAGCUAAAGGAGAUGACGAGAGAAGAGGAAAUUUUGAAAGCUAAGUUGGCCAUGGAGAGGAAAAAGAAGGCAGCUGAGAAGGCUGCUGCAAAGGCUGCCAUUAGGGCUCAAAAGGAAUCAGAGAAAAAGCUCAAGGAGCGUGAAAAGAAAGCAAAGAAGAAGGCAGGGGCCUUUGUUCCAUUGAAUGACACUGAGGAAGCUGAAGUUGAGCAAACCGAAGUAGAUGCCAAACCAGUUCAAUCUGAAACAGUAGCUUCUGAAAAGGUUGAAGCCCCAGUCACAUUAAAGACUAAAGAAUCAAAGGACACUGUCAGAUUCAGGAGUAGAUCAAAAGCACAGAAUCCCGUUCCGAGAGGCAUUCUCAAGAAGAAGCGGUCAAUGAAUUACUGGAUUUGGAUUGCUCCUGGUGCUUUGCUAAUUCUGGUGCUUUUGGUUCUAGGAUACUACCAUAUUCUCUAGAGAGUAUCAAAGAAAGAGGUGGUUUUGAGACUGGAGACCAAUUUUCCGCAGUUUAUGGGCAAGGUAUGGCUGGCUUGGUCUCAAUAGUGUUUUUUGUUGUUGUUAAGGAGCUUAUGUAUUCUUGUUCGUUGCAUCCUUCGUGAGGGGAUGAGCUUUAGUUCAUAAGAGUGGUGGUCCGCCACAUUUCAUGAUGAUGAAACAGUCAUGUUCCAGAGUACUGUCACUGUUCUUGUACUUGUUUAUUAUUUAUUGUUAGUCGAUACAUGUAUUGGCUUUUACUUUUCUCUUUUUUUGUUCUUUUCUUUUUGAAACUGCUGAGUAGGUGUAUUGGCUUUUAUUCUUCUCUUUUUUUGUUCAUUUCUUUUUGAAACUGCUGAGUAGGUUUUCAGUGGACAUUGAUUGAGCACAUUUUGUACAAGCACUGGAUAUUCUUAGAGUGAGAAAUCUAAUCAGUAAGAUAUGAGUUGAACUUUUGAUAA